AUCAUUACAGCGUUGGUCAUUUGGCUUGACGAGUUCAUCACAAAAUUGGAAUAAGACGUCUCCUCCGUUCGCUCACAAGAGACCUCCAUUCAGACGCCAUAUUUUCUUAAAUUUAAUAAAUAACCAGAGGCGAGUGCGAUCUCUGAGAUCGAAUUACGCUAAUAUACGCGGAGGCUACCAGUAUGAAAUGGGUCGUGUAAGUGCACCGCAAGAAGACCCAUGUAUGAUGCUGAGAACGACACUUGUGACCUUUUUCGCCGUGCUCCUGGUCGGUGACAUGUUGGUAAGGGCACUGCCCGUGGCCGACAGCGGCGCGGAUAACAUCCUGGACCAGCUGCUCAAUCAGAACCUGGUGGAGCGGCGUAGCCGCAAACAAGUCGCGGGCCACUGCGUCUCAAAGUGCGUCUCCUGCUCUAAGUAUGUGGGGAUGAUCGCCGAGAAAUGCAUCAAGGGAUGUAUUCAGAAGCCAGCUACAGGAGACGUUAAUAACUCCGAGGUCGCGGCCUGGACCGCCUGCGAGUCAUUCCUGUACCGCUGAGAUGCCCACAUUAUUCUCAUGACUGUUUUUUUCCCUUCUUUGUCAAAACACCAAAAUCACAUAUUUUGACCAAAGCGACUGUCUAUCACUCCUGAGUACCUUCUGUGGAGAUGCUGUUUUCUUUUCAUAAACUUGGAUCUUUGGCAUCGUAUUAUUCUUUAAAAACUAAUUAAUAAAGAUUAAAGUGCUAGUCAAAAUCAGACAGAACUUGGUGUCGAAAUUAAAACUACACCUUUUUUUUUCCUGCUAAAAUGUAAACUUUGGGACUCUAAGUUUGAAAACGUUUCAAGGUCAAAAUUAUUGACAACUGAAAAUUAAACUAUUAUCACGUUGUCGUGAUUUAUUCCAGUUUCUGUCUGAUUUUGACGGCAAAAAAUUAUACAUAAUAAACAUUCCCAAAUGUUUCUCUAAGUGAAACGAAAGUUUAAAGACGCCAUGUUUAAAUAGUCUUUUGAAUUGACGGUUGCAAAUACAUCAAAUCAUUUACAAUACAGAGUAAUGCAGUACUAUUAAAACAUGCAUGUACAUUGCAGUAUGAUGAGUUCGUUCCUACUUUUAUCAGUAAUUAAAUCACUUUCGACAUCAGAACCAUCAAAGAUUCGAAUGACGAAGCCUGUGUGGGCAAACUGUUCCACAAUCUUCUAGACCUUUCUGCCCCAUAAUUGAUCAUGGAAGAUUAUGUUUAAAUCAGUUUAGAAAAAAGUGUACAUUGAGCCCCUCUCAACAGAAGCAGAAUUAAAAGGACUAUAUAAGAAUUGAGGGAUCGACCUCGGUUGUAAAGGGGUGUAUCUUUGUAAAUGCUAAAUUUAUUUACUACACAAAUGAUUUCCCAGGAGAAGUCUUUACGAACAGUGCACACGACUUGCUUGUGUAUUUUAGCUUAAAUCUUAUACAUACAAAAAAUGAAUCAAAUUUUAAAUUUCAACGGCAUGUCGGUUUGGAAACCUUAGUAUAGAUUCCAUUAGUUUAAGCAUUAGUUUUAUUUUCGGAUCAAAAUAAAGUUGAAAGCUUUCACCAAUUGAGGUGUGCAUGUCGUUGUAGAGACUGUUUGGGUUCAGAUACAAACAAAUGUAACAUUUCGUUUCUUCUUAUUCAACAGGUUAGAAUUAAAAACAAGUAGGAAAGUCUCGUGUUGCCCCCGAUACAACUAGAUCUAGACCCGUAAUUGACAGACACACUACCAAAUAAUGCAACCUGCCAUGGAACAGAUGGUCGGGUAUAGCCGUUCUUUUCCAAAGUCGUGAUCGCCAAAAGGCAAUUUUGAAACCCCCACAUUCUGAAGUCGUGUCUGAAAAGCCAAAUUGACAGAGUCUGGACCGCUCAAAGAACUCUGAAGAAGCUGACGAAAUGGGACGCGAAAACCUUCAAGCACACACUUGACCCGGGGGCUACGAUUUCGUCACAUUCAAAUCCAAGCAAUUUGGAGAUUUUGAGUGAAUUAAGGAAUGUACGUUGUAAGUUACUGAGAAACAUUUCAACUUCUUUUUUGCAAGAAGGUGGAUCAGAUGGCCCGAUUUAUUCAUCCACUUACAUGUUUGAUAGAUAAUACAAAUGUAUGUCUCUUUUUCGCCCUGUUAUUAUCUGACUAAUUUUUUUUUAAAGGCCAGACAAUAAAACUUCAGUGUUAAAGCUCAAAUGAA